AGGAGUUCAGGGAAAAUGAAACUAGUGUAGUUGAGCUGUUGUGUGUUUGUGUCUCUGUCUUCAUGUUGUAAAAUGGCAGAAGCCAAAUUUUCUCAGGAUGAGUUCAUGUGUCCAGUGUGUCUGGAUCUCCUGAAGGAUCCAGUGGCCAUUCCCUGUGGACACAGUUUCUGUAAGAUCUGUAUUAAAGGCUGCUGGGAUCAGGAGGAUGAGAAGAGAGUCUACAGCUGCCCUCAGUGCAGACAGACCGUCAGCCCAAGACCUGCUUUAGCUAAAAACACCAUUCUGGCUGAAAUGGUGGAGAAACUGAAGAAGACUGAACUUGCUGCUGACUGUUACGCUGGAGCUGGAGAUGUGCAGUGUGACAUCUGUACUGGAAGAAAACACAAAGCCGUCAAGUCCUGUCUGGUGUGUCUGAACUCUUACUGUCAGAAUCACCUUGAACAACAUGAGAGUUGGUUUAAAGGAAAGAGACACAAUCUGACUGAUGCCACUGGACGACUGCAGGAGAUGAUCUGCCAGAAACACGACAAGAUCCUCGAGGUUUUCUGCCGCACUGAUCAGAAGUGUAUAUGUGUGCUGUGUGUGAUGGAUGAACAUAAAAACCACGACACUGUAUCAGCUGCAGCACAGAGGACAGAGAAACAGCACCAGCUGAAGGAGACGCAGAGGUCGUUCCAGCAGAGGAUUCAGCAGAGAGAGAAAGAUCUUCAGCAGCUGAAAGAGGCUGUGGCGUCUCAUAAGCGCUCUGCACAGACAGCAGUGGAGGACAGCGAGAGGAUCUUCACUGAGCUCAUCCGCUCCAUUGAGAGAAGCCGCUCUGAGGCGACACAGCGGAUCAGAGAUCAGGAAAAGACUGCAGUGAGUCGAGCUGAAGGACGACUGAAGCGACUGGAACAGGAGAUCAAUGAUCUGAGGAGGAGACACGCUGAGCUGGAGCAGCUUUCACACACACAUGAUCACAUCCAGUUCCUGCAGAGUUUCCAGUCUCUCUCACCUCCUCCUGAAUCUACAGACAUAAAUGAAAAUCCCUUCAGUUCUUUCUCCUCUUUGGAUGCCGUGAGAGAAUCUGUCCGUCAGCUGAGAGACAAACUGGAGGAUUUCUGCAAAGAGAAGAUCUCUGACAGAGUCACUUUCACCAACAUUGUUCCCAGAACCAGGAACGACUUCCUACAAUAUUCCCAUCAGUUCACUCUGGAUCUGAACACAGUGAAUAAACUCCUCCGUCUGUCUGAGAGGAACAGAGUGAUUACUGGUACUCUCACAGAGCAGCCGUAUCCUGAUCAUCCAGACAGAUUUGAUGCGUAUAAUCAGCAGGUGUUGUGUAGUGAGAGUGUGUGUGGACGCUGUUACUGGGAGAUUGAGUGGAGUGGGAUGUUUGGUGUGGAUAUAUCAGUGUCAUAUAAGAGCAUUAGUAGAAAGGGUUAUGAGUGUUGGUUUGGAUCAAAUGAUCAGUCCUGGAGUUUGUUCUGCUCUCCCUCCAAGAGCUUAUUCAUUCACAAUAACACACGGACUAAACUGCCUGUAGAGUCAAUCAGCAGGAGAAUAGGAGUGUAUGUGGAUCACAGUGCAGGAACUCUGUCCUUCUACAGCGUCUCUGACACAAUGAGCCUCAUACACACAGUCCAGACCACAUUCACUCACACACUCUAUCCUGGGUUUUAUGCUUUUGUUGGAUCAUCAGUGAAACUGUGUUGAUGAAUCGGAACAUAUUGUUGAGAAAGUCUACCCAUAAUGCUUUGAGCUGCAUGAUGAAUCAGUAAAAAUUUGUUAGUCUCUUUUUUUUAGUUUUGUGUAAUGAAGAUGAGGUUAAUUUUUUGUCAACACAUGACCUAUACCAACCGACACUUACUAUUCUAUAAAUCUGUUCUUUAACAAAAAUAACUUUGCUAUGUGUUUUCUGCUAGACUAACUAAUUGGGACUAGUCAGAGGACUUGCAUAUUGUUGCGAUAUUGUUGCUUUGAUUGCUUCUAUUGCUCUCAUUUGUUAGUCGCUUUGGAUUUUAGCAUCUGUUAAAUUAUUAAAUGUAAAUGUAAUAUAUUGGUUUUUUAACACCUUAACUGACACACCCCUUUUUGAGAAUGGACGUGAAAAAACACUGUCCGAACCUGAAUGGUUGUAAUUCAAGAAUGCUUUGGACCUACGACCUAAGUUUAACCUAAGUUUGGUCUUGUUUUAAAUAAGACACCCAGCAGAUUAUUGAUGAGGUGAAAGCACUUAAAAAAACCUAUAGUAUGAAACCAUUAUGGAAGUUUAAAUUUAUUGUAUUUCAAAUAUACUGUACUAAAUAUUUUUC